CUUUUUCUGCUUCUAGAGCCCACCUCAAUUUGCCUUGGCUUUAAAAACUCUACCUUCUUCCUUCCUUCAUCUCUUUGUGACCUACUACCUUUUACAGGAUAAACAAAGUAUCAUAACAAUGGGAAGAGCACCUUGCUGUGACAAAAAUGGAAUCAAGAAGGGUCCUUGGACCCCUGAGGAAGAUCAUAAGCUCAUGACUUAUAUUCAACUUCAUGGACCUAGCAACUGGCGCACCCUCCCCAAGAAUGCUGGACUCCAAAGAUGUGGAAAGAGCUGUCGUCUUCGAUGGACAAACUAUCUGCGACCUGAUAUCAAGAGAGGAAGGUUCUCUUUCGAAGAAGAAGAGACCAUAAUUCAACUCCACAGUAUUAUGGGAAACAAGUGGUCGGCUAUAGCUGCUCGCUUGCCAGGAAGAACUGAUAAUGAAAUCAAGAAUUACUGGAACACCCACAUUAGAAAAAGGCUCCUCAGGAAUGGAAUUGACCCUGUUACUCAUGCUCCGCGUCUCGAUCUUCUUGACCUAUCCUCCAUUCUUGGUUCUGCUUUGUGUAGCCCACCACUUUUCAAUCUGUCAAGCUUGUUGGGCACCCAAGCAAUCUUAAAUCCAGAAAUGUUGAGGUUGGCCACUACCCUAUCAUCGUUAAAACAAGAAAACCAAGAAAUAUUUCUGCAACACCUGCAGGACAAUCAGCUGCUAAGCUCGCUAGUGCAAAACGAAGUCUCACUAUCACAAGCUAAUCAAUUUCAGAAUCCAGUUCAAGAACCUACAAGUUCUCCAUUUUUAUGCCCAACCCAACUCAUGCAGACCGAUGUAGAAGGGUUAUCUUGCCAAAAUUCCCUACAAAACUUAGUGCCUUCGAGUUGGAAUGAUUGUUUGGUUUCGAAGGCGCCAAACUUUGUCUCUUGCAAUACAAAUCCUACCGUUCCGGAUAAGCUUGCAGAGAACUCAGGGUUUCAACCAAUAAACAACAGCUGCCAAAAUUAUAGUAUUGAAUCAGUUCUGUCAACGCCAUUAUCAAGUCCAGCUCCCUUGAAUUCAUCAUCCACAUUCGUCAACAGCAGCAGCACGGAAGAUGAGAGGGAAAGCUACUGCAGCAGUUUGUUCAAGUUCGAAAUUCCAGAGAUUUUGGACAUGAAUGAUUUCUUAUAAAUAUUGUAUCUUGUGUACAAGAAACACAUACUGAAUUAAUUUUGCUCUUGUUGUGAUUUUUUAUUUUGCUUUUUGCUUUUCUUUAUGGGUACGUGCAUAUGGGUGCUCUUGGUUUUGGAUUUGCAGUUAAUGUUCAUAUAUGAAAAUCCUUAUAUUUCUGUUUUCUUA